CGAUGGAGGUGUUCCAGAAGGAUGAGAGUGUCAAGCACAUCUUCUGGAUUCCUUGUGUGGCACACGUUAUGGACCUCAUCCUUGAGGACAUCGGCAACAUUGACUGGGUGGCGACCCGCAUUGCUCAGGAGCGUUUGGUCACAAAGUUUUUCAAGCGUCAUAGCCACGCUUGCGAAGUUUUGCAAGCUUUCACGACGAAGGCUCUGCUGCUUCCCGCCGAGACUCGCUUCGGUACGCAUGUGAUUAUGAUGCGACGACUUCUUCUGCUGCAAUCGCAUCUUAUGCAGGUGGUCGUUGAUGAUCGAUGGAAGGACACUGUUUGGUCAACGAAGAAGAUUCGAGACGACGCCGCGGAGAUGGUGGACAGCGACACGAGGCAGAUUGGCAAGAUUCUGCGUCGGUACAACGAGAUGAUCGCACGUUGUUUGUCUGCAUGUGCCGCUUUGGAGAAGUACGAGCAGGACGCGCUGCUUGAAGUGUUUGACAGAGGCCGCACCAUGUUCAAGUCGUCUGCUCAUGUUGCUGCCAUGAUGUUGGACCCCGAGUUUCGAGACCGCACGAUGCCAGAUGACGAGGAGAUGCAGCACGGUUUGAAACUCGCUCUGAUUCAGUUUGGGUACUCGGAACAUUCGGAUCAGCACACUGAGGUCCUCAGUGUCAUUGACAAGUUCCAUUCCAGGGAGCCGCCGUUCGACGAUGUGGCCAUGGACCGGGCAUCGAGGAGCUAUACCCAUCCAGCAUGUUUCUGGGAGUCGAAGGAGAAGAGGUUCCCGCACACGGCCUUCUUCGCUGGCAUGAUACUGCGUGUGUGGGCGACUGCGUCGCCUUGCGAGAGAGCUUGGUCCCGUUGGAGUUUCAUCCACUCCAAAUCUCGUAACAGAUUGGAGGUGGCGCGGGCCGAGAAGCUCGUGCGAUGCCAUUGGAACCUUCGGCUCCUCAACAGGCAGGCUAUGUCGGACGAUGCUCCCAGUGACAGGCCACAUCCGUAUGGGAGCUGGGUGCACUACKRGCAGCAGGUGGAGGAGGAGGUGCCCACCGACCAGCAGCUUGUGGCAGACCGAGGASCCCGUGUGACGGUCACGAAGGAGGAGUUGACGAGGAGGUGUCGUGGCGGCGGUCGCGGAGGUGGUCGUCGGGRCGGUCGCGGGCGAGGCGGGCGUGGAGGUCCUGGCGGGAGGCGUAGUGUAGCGAGUCGUGGAAGGGAAGUGGACGAGCUAGUACGCAAGCCUCGACAACGAUGGGAGGAGGGAGACUUUUUGUACGAGAGCUCGUCCAGCGAUGACGAGGAUUUCUUCGGGACUGGCAGGCCUGCACAGGAUGGUGACAACGAUUUCGACGACCGUCACCCGAACGUGGGCAACGACGAUGGCGCCAGUGGCGAUGAUCACGGUGACGGAGGAGAUAGACGACGACCAGCACAUGGUGACACAAUGCGCGCCGACGGGGCAGGGGGCGAGCACCRCACAGCAGUAGAUCACGCUCGAGAUGGAGUGCAUGAUGAUGGUUCACGACCUGUCUCGGGCGGUGACCUGAGGCGCUUGAAACGCGGACCAAGGGAAAAAGACACUAUCGCUUCACGUGUGCGCAAACGUCAUGGUGGGGUUGCUAKCAUUCCACUAUCACGAGUCCCCGCAACUGGGCAGAUUCCAGUUUCUGAGGACUCUUUCAGCGAUCACGGCGGCGAGGAGCGGAUCGAGCUGCAUGGUGGGAGCGGAUCCACGAGGUGGCCCUUCGAGUAUGCACGCGACAACUCCGAUGGGGCCUUCUGCAGCAGUCCCAGAAUCGCAACAGGGUCCAGCACCGUUGAUGCGUCAUCCCGAGUCUCAGUUGCAGSGACCUCGGAUGUGGGACAACCACUGGCAGCGGCGGAGCAAGAAAGUAUGCUCCCACCUCGCAGUGUUCAACCGCGGCUACCGCCUGCAUUGAUGGAGGGGAGUAAGGGGACCGUUGUUGUGUGUCAAGGCGACGAUCUCCCGGAACGUGAUAUCUCACACACUCCCGCAGCCGAGCAGAGCGCCGCAGACCAUGCCGGCCUCGCAUGCCCCACCGACAGUCUUCCGGGUACCGGCGAGUUACUGACCAUGGACUCUGCGCUCGUUUCUCUACCGGACUUGUCGACGUUGAUAUCCCCAGGUCUACCCCAUGUGUCACCGCCCAAGCCACAACAGCCUGUUGUCAUCGAGCGUGGAUCGGACGGGUUUGACGUGGAAGGAGGCGAUAUCGCCGAUAUCAUUACGAGCCCAAUGGUGUCUGCCACGCCCACAAUUUUUCGUGUUGGCAAACUACACGAGGUGGCCCUUGGUUUGGUGGAGACGGCGACGCGACACCGCCGCGACGGUCAGCGCAGCAUCGCACAACGCAGUCUUUCUCAUUCGUUUGACGGCGCAGAGGAAGGGUCUCAUGGUGGGCCAGUUGACACACUCGAAAGAGAAGCAAGACCCCCAAGUCCUCCGUCAAACUAAGAGCAUCAUCCGAUUGCCGCGGCUGUCGGCGCUGAUGCGGGCGUCCCCGUCACAAAUAGUGGCGCAGACGCG